GGUAAUUCCGACACCUGUGAGUGUGUAAAGCUUCAUAAGAUCGACGUGCAAGGAAAGCCUACAAAUGAUUUGUCACUGCAGCAUGUGCGAUACAUUUCCAUGUGGGAGAGGGGCGAUGGGACGCGGUUGUUACCGGGACACUGUCGACACAGACAUGAUUUGGUUUGGAUUACAUGAGAUGAUAUUAUACUAUCAAAUUGUUGCUCGUCUCCCCUUCAUUUAUGCUACAUACUCACCAUUAUCAACCUACUUCAGUUGCUCUGCACUAGAAGGUACAUGGUCUAAUAAUUUUAUCCUUUUUUAUAUAUAUUUAUGAUCUAAAUGUAAUGCAUGUUCACAUUUCAGACACCGGCUUGCAAUGUGACACCGUCCCCCCGGAUGAAUGAGAUAUUGUUAAUUUUUCCUAGCAAUUAAUUUUAGAACUAUUAAAUUGAAAUUUGUGGAACUCACGUAGGGCAAGAACCGCCUUGUGCAUUCCGAGCCGCAUAUUAAUUAAAAUAGAUAUGAAUUGGAAGGUUGGGAAAAUAAAGGAAGCAAUGGGCCAAAACUCAUUUAAUAGACUAAAAAGUAAACCCACGAUCUAGACAUUUGCGGCGCAGGAGACACAUGAGCCUAAGAGAGUUCUUAGAGAGUUUUGUACGUAAAACUUGAUCUUCGCCGUUUUCAAUCCGUUCAAGGUCAGAGAAGAACAUGGAGAUAGAGCUUAAGCUGGGGAAAGGACUAUCACAAUCAAGGGUUGCUAUUCUCGCCAUUUCUCAGAGAAACCAUACCGGCAAUCCAUUUGAGCUCAUCACAUUGUGGAUGGAGGCAGCAACGCAUACUAUCGUCGGGAAUAAGAGAGGAAGUCAAAGUAGUCUUGGAAACUACACGGGACAACAUGGAGAAACCAGAUACGAAUGGUAAAGGUUGGCUAUAUUCUGGGAAUCAGUAUUGGAUUCUGAACACGAUUGAGGUUUCUUGCCAAAGUUUCGCUUCAAAUUGGAUCUGCAUGGAUCAGAAUAUUUUGAUCAGAAUAUUUUGGAUCAUCAUCCUCUCCUUAAGAUCAGAAUAUUUUGAUCAAUUUCUUCUUCUUCAGCAGAAGAAGUUGCGGAGGAAGACUAAUUUACAUUACAAAUUUUAUAUUAAGGUGUCAUGCAUGGUUUCAUCUGAGAAUAGACGGUAUCAUAUUGAUAUAGAAGAUGGUCAUGUGAAACAUAAUGGGUACAGUGCUACUAAUGUGCACCAUGAAGGAAGCGUGUGGACUGAGAUGGACUGUAAUACACAUUAAGUAUUAUUUGUCCAAUAUAAUUGUGGUUAUAUAUUAGUUACAUUUUAUUUGAAAUAUGAUCAUAUAUAAUAUCCUUUGUUUUCUCAAAUGAAAUGAGAGUUCAUUUUUACUUUUUA